AUGACGAAUAAGACCAUGUGCGUCUGCUACGAAGUAUCUGCUUUCGACGACUGUCGAGAGGAGGAUAACAACUCGAUUACAACGGCCGUUCCUGUUACUAAUGGUUAUCCAAAAGAGCCGUUUGAUAUGGUGAUAGCCGUAGCGAUUGGUGGUGCCGUGAUCCUGCUACUGCUGUGCCUAUUGCUGAUUAUGGUAAAUGGCUGUUGUGUUUCUACUAGGAGGCGGCGUCGCGUACCAGCCCGAAGAACGAAAAGAGGUGUGACCGGCGUUCUUGUGGCGACUGACCCAUUUGCACCGAACGAAACAAUGGUAUAA